AUGGCCUUUUCCCCAACCGUCCAGGCCAGCAGGAAUGCUCAGGCCGGCCAGGUCGAACUCAGGCCCCUCAUUUGCUAUUACGGCACUUUCGUAUUAUCGAACGGUAAAUGGGUUCUGAGUCGGCGAUACACUGACGGAGCUUUCGCAGGGACUUAUGUCACUAUUCUGGGUAAGCCCGAGUUUCUUUAUCUCGAUUCAGGUUGCAAUCCUCACCACGAGCCCUCGGAUACGAUUUACAUCAAAGUAUACAAUGACGAGAUUGAGGUGAUAAACCUUGAAGAGCCAGAGGGAUUUCCUCUAUACUACAGUGAUCGUCACGAGUACGCAGAAAGCAGGGUAAUCCUGUUAUAA